AUUAAAAGAAUAAAUAAAAAAAACAAGAUCCGUGGAAUGAAGACAUCCGUGAGGUGUCAGUGACAGCUGCAGAGAAGAGGUGGGAGGCAGAUCCUGUGUUCCAAGGUCUCUGAUCUGAGUCUCCUGCAGGGCCUGUGGUGGUAAAAUUAUAGUGAUCUGGCUUAUAGGAGGGGUGGGAGUCAGACCGAGCAGGGAUCCUAAACAGCUCUGUUAACCCACUUGAAAGGUUGCUUCUUUUGCAAAGCAUCCAGAGUCAAAAAACAUUCAGGAACAUGAUGUUUUUAAAAAAAUGUGAGAACAAAAGUCAAACGACAAUAUUUGUGAGUGACAAUCUGAAACAUUAUGGAGACAACAUCCUGCAGUGCGCUGAAACGGCAGCUUAUUCCUUGUAGGGUAAAUGUGCUGAGAACAGCAUGUGCUUCCUUUCUUUGUGUGUCUGUGGCUGCAAACAUCCUCUAAUCUGUUUUACGUGCAUGUAAGUAUGAUAAUAGCUUUCUGACAAUAGUUUAAUAUAUACAUGUAGCACUUUCCCUCUGAUUUUUAGCUUUCAAUGAAUUGGGCUGUAAAGUUUUUGAGUAAUUAAUUGGCUUCUUCUUAUAUCACUUAUUAUCUCUUAAAAUUAAUAUUUUCCCGUUGGCCAACAGAUCGACUCAAACCACUUUUACCACAGAUUCCUUGCAUUUGCGAUUCUCAAUUGUUCAACGAUGUCAGUCUGACAGCCGCAGUUUUCUCCCCAUCCUUGCCCUUUAAUUAUGGUCUUCCUUUACAGCGCCUUUAGUGACAGAUGAUGACGGCACUGGAAAAGUCAGGGAAGGAAACCUCCUCCCCGAGGAAUAUAUGAAAUAAUCACAGUGACAGGGAGACAAUGCCAGAGCAGGAAGCCCAGAACUAACUACCUGUCUAGACCCUGAACAGCUGGCACGGCACGCCAAUGCUCAUAGAAAAAAGUUGUGGUUCAACCCAAUCCGUUGACGACAAAAUCUGUUUUUUUCUUUUGAAGCAAACAUGUCUUUCAAGAACAGCUCCAGGUAUACAUGUUUUUUUCUUUCAUCUAAUAAUAGCUCCACUUGAAUGUGGAAGUCCAACUAUAGCAACAAUGACCUGGAACGGCUCUGUGGAAAACAUUGAUGGCUUUAGCCAUCUGUGCUUCCUAUUCCACAUAAAAAUAACUGUUAUGAAAACACUUCAUGCAUUGUUCUCCACUUUUGGAGGUGAGUGUUCCUCUGUUGCCAAACUAAAGCAAGGUAUUGUCUUUUUCAUAAUAGGAGGGUUAGCAGCGACACAAAACCUGAUACUGAUAGACUUACAUAACGGGAAUUAAAGACGACCGCACAACAAUUUAUAAAUCCCAGCCCGGCAAAACUCUUGUUAUGUAUAUUUAGGUUAGUUUUUGUUCCAAAAGAAAGGGAAAGCAGGCAUACAAUUAGUCAAACCAAACAUAAUGGGUAAUUUGACAUGCAUUUUUUCUCACGAGUUCAUUGAGCGAGUGGUGCCUGAAGGCCCUUGAGUUCAUGUCUGAACAAACAUGCUUUUUUUCAUCUCCAUAAAUGUGAUUCUGCAGAAAUAAUUGAAGGCUGGACAUUAAAAGUCCUGCUUGUUUCUGUGGGAUUAUCUGUUACAAUACACCGCUUUAUCAGAGGCUACUGUAACAAGACACGCUGGCCUCGGCUUUGCCCGGCUGAGCACUGAGAUUUCAGCAACAAAUCACAGGAGGGCAAAGUGAGGAGGGAGGAGGAAAGAAAUACACUGGGAAAGGUGAAUAAAGAUAGCAGAGUGGAGGAGAAGUUAAGAGAAGUGCAGUGUGAAUGGAAGCUGAAGCAGAGGCCGCGGCUCCAGCAGCGAGGUUUGCUGUCUGAAAGAGAAACCUCUCAGGAGAUCGAGCUGGAAAACAGAUUACAGUAAUAGAGGCCAUCCAAGUUGCACAACAUGUUCCUCAGCACCAUGUGAACUGAAUCUGCUGUGCACGCAGGACUGCGAUGUGACUGCACGCAACAGCCUCACGGAGACUUCACUGCAGAGAUAAGGCCGAUACAUUGUGUUCGGUAAUGCAAACAGGAAGUUUCAUUACUAUAUUGUUGCGCUUCUUUUUCUCAGCAGGAUCAGGUUCCAAACUGCUCUUUUAAAGAAAGCUGUGGUUUUGGAAGGGAGGAUUUGGCUCUGCUGAGGACUGCAGCAGGAAAUGCACUUGAGUUGGGGGUGUACAUGGAAUUGUGACAAACUCAGUGUUUUUCAAAAAUCCUGUUGUGGUUUAACAUUUGGCACGCAGAAUACAGCUUUAAACUGCUGAUUUUUACAUUUUAAAAAGCCACACUGCCCGAGCGUGCAGGUGAUUAUGUUUGCUGUCAAUUUCGUGAGUAUUUCAGCGUGCUUUCUGCUUUAGCAGAGUGUCGAUGCCCCUUUGUGAGAUCAUUUGGGGGUUUCGGCUUUCAUAUUGAGCCAACAGGACAGACUGACAUAUGAGUCCCAGCACAGUUUGCUUUUUCUGAGCUCUUUUGGUUUUGCUUUCAGAAUUUGACUUUAAAGCCCCCCUGAUGGGCGCAGUGCACAUUUUUUUAUCACCACUAAUGAGAGAUUUAGAUAAUUAGAGGAAAAAAAAACUAAAUGAAACACAUGUUGAUUUUUGUACUGUAGCACAAACUGGAAAACUUUAAGGAUCCAUAUUUGAAUCCAUAAAUACUCAUAUGAAUGUGAUCUCUUCAUUUUAUUUAUGUAUUCAUUUCCCAAAAGAAGUCAUUGCAUUGCAUGCUGUUUUGGUUGUGGUCAACUCUCCUCCAGGGCUGUUUUCCAAACUGAAUCCAAGCAGGAUGCUGAACAGCCAAAUCCAUUGUUUCAGACCUGCUCUGAAUUCUUGGAGCGUUUCUCAGCUUUAACUCUGCAGUGAGCAGACUGAGAUUUUAUUUAUGAUCAUCCGAGUUAUAAAAAUGGGAUACACAUACCUCUUUAAUGUACUCGUACCAUUAUACUUGGACAUUUAUAUAGUAGGAUCAAGCAAAAGUAGUGAAAGCAUCUGUGCUGUUUGUUCUCAACGCUGCUUUCCUCCACAGAAGAGUUAAAUCCAGUAAACAACUCAGGAGUUAGCACAGCUGGAAUUAUUUACUUUAUAAAUGUUGUUUGUGCCUUUUCCCUUUUCCAGCGCGUGUGCUUUCAGCUCGUUCUGAGGAUCCAGAGAGAAGGACCGCGACCUUCAAACCUCCCACACUCACUUGAUAUUUACAGGAAUCGAUCGGAUAAAAACAGACACGUUCAAAACACAGAAUCUAAACAACUCCUUCAUUUGUUAUUACUCUACAGUUAUUCACCAUUAAUUACAUUUUAAGGUAAUAGAAAUAUAAUAAAAGAUGCUCAACUAUCAGUCAAAGAAAGUUUGUUUCUGCCAACUUGCAGAGAAGAGUUAAGGAGAAUUGAGGAAUUCCAUAGAGCUGGAAGAUUUAGAGAAUGUUCAAGCUGUGUGGGACCAAGAUUAGUUUCUACUUUCAUGGUUUUUUUUUUCCUGUUGUUGUUGUUUUGUUUUUUUUUUUAAAAAAAGAGCAAAAGCUAAAAAACCUGAAGGUGUAACAUCAACAGGUAAGAAUUCUCGGCCCAGUGUUUGUCCCAAAUGACAACAGCCUCCCCUGGUGUUCUGAUGACAACAAAGCAGAACUGUAAAGUGGAAAACUUUUAUGCUAAGGUCAGAAAUACAAACACAUGCUAAACAAGUUUAGACUUAGGUUUCAAACUUUUUUUUUUUUAAAUGAGGAGUGAACACCUGAAUGUCAUAUUAGAUUAAAGUUUGUUUUUUUUCUUGGGUGACUUUUUAACUCAUUAAAAGAAAGCAGGGAAAAUAUGAAAAAGCAAACAAAAAAAAGUGUGAUUCAGUUUCAUGAAAGUAUAGGCUUAAAUUCACUCUCUUGUUGAUUCUUCUUUUGGUCACAUUGUACAGUCGAAAGUCAUGCCAGACUGUCUGAAAUAUGUUCAGCAUGGUGGUUUCAAACGCAUAAAAAACAGAAUCAUUUAAUGAACAAGAUUUAAGGCGGGGAAAGUUGCCAUUAUGCAGGUGACGUUAUCUUGAAGUAAUGCAUGGCCCUGAGGAAGUGAGGAACAUUGAACUUCCUGAAUCUUUGUCAUUCAAAACAAGAUGGGCUGCUGUGCUCCUCGUUGUUACAAAAUGAGAAACAAAUGUGUUUUUCUUGCUUUUCUUUCGAUGUUUCUGAAAACCGUCUGGGCUGAAGAAACAUUUAGAAACAUUAGCUGUUGUGAAAUCAAGAACGGUCACAGAUUCGAGUUUGAGCACGGCUGCCGUAAUGCUACAACAAUUGAAAUCUCUGGUGAAAAUAAGACAAUGAUGGCCUAUGCUGCGCUCAACAAGCCGUCCUCUGAUACAUCAGCUCAAGGAAUAAAAAUCAGCCGGGAUUCAGUCACAUUCGACAACUGCCAAGGACAUUUCACAGUUAGAUGCAUAAUAAAAACUGAGAAAGGCUUCAUCAAGGAAAUGUUCAAAUAUGUACAAUUCAUUGAUCAAUGUGGCGAUGAUGAGAACAAAAGAAUUGGUGAUCAAAAGACUUGGAUUUGGGCUCUAAUCAUCCCUAUCUGCAUCAUGAUAUGCCUUUGUGUAAUUCUCCUAUGGUCCUGUUGCAAAAUGAAAGACAAGAAUCUGUCUGAGAGAAGUGAAAACAGCACAGAGCUGGAAGAUGUUCGCAGUGAUGAUGGUCCUCCCCAGCAUAUGUCUCCAAACGGAAAUGGAGGAGAUGAUCCAGGAGGAACUCAUGACUCUGACAGAACAGACACUCACAGUGGGGGGGUCAGGGAUUGCCCUACUCCUGGUCUGGAGGCUGUAGAUGGACAAACUGAAGAAGGACAGCCACUUCUGUCAGAUCCGGGAGCUGCUGGUCAGGAUUGUGAGAGGAUGGGUGAAGCUGAAGACUUGACUCGUUCGGUGAACGAACGGAGCUUUGACCCUGUCCAGUCUCAGUCCAAGCCAGCAGGUGGCCCGGACCUAAAAGCGACGUGGAGUCAACUAACACUGAAGGAAAAUUAAAAAGGACUAAUAAUAUAAUAUAAUAUAAUAUAAUAUAAUAUAAUAUAAUAUAAUAUAAUAUAAUAUAAUAUAAUAUAAUAUAAUAUAAUAUAAUAUCAUAUCAUAUCAUAUAAUAUCAUAUAAUAUCAUAUAAUAUAAAAUAAAAUUAUAUAAUAUACAGUACAAGGCAAAUUUUCUGACAUAUCCUUUGUUUUCAGGUUAAUCUUGCACUGUUUUAUUUUGAUCUAAUAAAAAUAUGUAGGCCCCAAAUAUAAUGAAGGACAUAUUUCUCUAAAAGACGGACUUUAUUUGAUGUUUUUUAUGUGAUAAGUCAGCAGUGAAUUUUUUUCUGCUCAGUUUGACCGAAGGACGGUUGAACCGAUGUCAGAGAAUGGUGCCUGCAUGGCUGUUAGACACAUAUAUGUACCUCAUUAUAAUAUAUAGAAUAUAUACUACAAUAUAAAAUACACAGUGCAUAUUGGUAAAGGAUAUGUUGUAUUAUAAAAGAUAAUUAUUUACAUAAAAUUCAUACAAAUGUAUGUAAUUAACACUGUAUAUCACAUUUUUCAAUCAAUCAAAUCACACAUAUUUUUUUUUGUUUACCAAAUUAAGUUUUAUAAAUGAUUUUUCUUUCCAUUUAUGAUCAUUUUCUUUUUUUUUUUUUUCUUUUUCUGUAAUUUUGUUACUUUGUCUAUUUCAAUCAAAUCCCUGUUGUGGUAAUAUCUUUGAUGUAUAUCUUUGAUUUUGAAAUAAAUGUCUUUUCCCCAAA